AUGUUGGAACCUCAAUCUAACCAAAACCCCGAUAAAGAUAUCGCCGAAUUAGGUUUAUCAAAUACUUUUGUACCUGAUAUACCAAAAGAUAUCCUAUUUCCAGAGGAAUUAAACACUUAUUUACGGGAUCAGAUUCAUUGCUUAACACAUGAAAAUGGUAUGUUAAAAAGAAAUUUAUCAGAAUGUGAAAAUCAACUAAAAGAAAGUCUUUCAAAAACUGACAGUUUAACUAAAGAAGUAAAAAAAUUUCAAGAUGCAUCUGUUGGAGGGAGUUUUAGUACGGUUUCUAAUAUAGCAAGCGCAAAAAUUGUUGAGUUAAGCAAAAAAUUAAGAGAAAAAUGCUCCGAAUUAGAGGUUUCAAAAACAAGAUGUUCAAAAUUAGAAAGUCGAUUAAAAAUUUUAGACGAAACUCCGAAAAUACAAGAAGCAAUAAGCGAUAAAGAAAAGAAAUCUCAAGAAAAAAUAAACGACAAAGAUAAAAUCGAUGAUGUAAAACAGCUUCAAGAGAAUUUGGUUAAUUCCGGUGCUAAUUGGCGCGGAAGAUCGCAAAUGGUUUGCGAUUUACAACAAAAAAACGCCGAAUUAAGAGAAAAAGUUAAAUCACUUUCAGAAAAAUCGCCAAAACCGGAACAACCCUACAUUAAACCAGAUAAACGUAUUGAAGCAGUUUCAAAAGAAAACAAUCAACUCAAAAACGAUCUUCAAGAUUUAAAAAGAAAAUUAGAUGCUAGAAAAAUUUCCGUUAUAAACGAACAACAAGAAAACGAUCGUAAUUUAAUAACGAGUUUAACAGCUCAAUUAUCAACAAUUAGAAAUUUACAAAAUGAUGAUUUUAAACGAAGAAUGGAAGCUGAACGAAUACGUUUAUUAGAAUUAACUAAAAUAGCCAAUGAACGAUUAGAAACCGAAAGAAAAAUUUUAAAUAAUUUACAAUUACAAUUAAAAAGCGAAAGACAAAAAAAUGCUCGAUUAGAAUCGAGAAUUGCAUGCUUAGAAUUGGAUAAACAUGAUAAAAAUUCGGUUUAUAGCGGCGGAAGCGGACAUAGGGGUAAGGAGAAAGAAGAAAAUUAUAAGGAUAAAUUAGAAUUGGCGGAAGAAAAUGUUAAGUAUGGUUCAACUUAUUAA